AUGGCGGAUCCUAGUCCGGCUAGUUUCGGGACGCAGGCCAAUGCGUUACUUAGAAAGAACUUAACCUAUCAGAGGAAACACAUAUGGACGAAUGUUCGGCUCAUCCUGGUUCCAGUCUUCCUUUGCUUGCUUCUCCUGGCGAUUCAACAAGUGCUCGAUGCCCUGAUGAAUAGUGUAUCUCAAAUGGCUAAUGAUUGUAAGACUAACCCUGAUAUGCCUGGUGAUAUCUGCCCCAUCUCAAACCCUCCAUUGUUGCCUCCGAUGCUGCAGCUUCCACAACAUGAACUCCGUUCUGUUAAGGCCGAUUUCCUUCCCUACAGAGACCUCCCUGACAAGUCCUGCAGAGUAACAGAAGGAUCUUGUCCUGUAACCAUACUUAUCACUGGGGAUAAACAGCCCCUUGGUAAAGAUUUAUCCGAGAAUAUAUUUGCUACUUCUUUUGCCGUUAAUACCUCAGACGUCUUGCCUUCUUUAGCCAAUAAUGUCUUGGGCUCGACAGAAGCAGCAGGAGAAAACAAUUAUGCAGAUCCAAGGAUUGCCUCAGAUCUCCCCAUCUACAGUAUCCAACCACUUUGCAGUGCAAAGUCUACAUGGCCGCUCUCUUUCGCGAAAAUUCAGACCGAGGUGAAGUGUGUUCAAGGGUUGUGUCUCUGGAGAAAUAACUCUGCGGAGGUCAAUGAUGAGCUCUUCAAGGGUAGUUGGAAGGGAAACCCUGCGGGGUUGACAAAUGAGAUCGCCGCAGCAUAUGAUCUCAAGAGUACGGAUAAGAAAAACUUCAAUGUGACAAUAUGGUAUAACUCAACCUACAAGGAUGAGUUUUCAACUCGCCCUCUAAAGCUGGUCCGAGUUCCCCGCUCUAUCAAUCUGGUACUCAACGCAUCCCUUUAUCCUUGA